UCCACCUCAAGCUACUGUGAAGUUUUAUAUAAAUUUGCAGGCUCAUUACUCUUAUUCGGGAGAUUACCAGAUUCUUCUUCACUUCUUCUCCAUUGAAAUUGAAAUUUUGCUUCUUCUCGAUCAACUCUUCUGUGUUGCUCAUCUUUCUCUGCUUCAAAUAUGCCGGAAGAUACGAGCGUCAAUCGUCCGCUGUUCGGCGGUGCUAUCACCAGUACUUUCCCUCUCCGAUUCACGGACGUGAGCAACAUUCGCCAAGUUCCUGAUCAUCAGGAGGUAUUUGUGGAUCCGUCACGCGACGAGAGCUUGAUUUUUGAGCUGCUUGACUUGAAGACCGACGUGCCUGAUAAUGGGAGUGCCACCUGGUUCUUGCAAGACCUUGCCAAUGAACAGGAUGCUGCUGAGGGAGCUAUGGUAAUUGAGCAGUCAGGUGUUUUUGAAGCAAACGGACUGAAUGUUGGCAAUGUGCCCAGUGUUGUUUCAACUGCUGUUGCCCAAAUGGGCAUUUCCAAGGGAAGGCAAGGGAGAGAAGCGCAAAACAUAGUAAAGGUGUAUUUGGCAAAUAUACGCCUCAAGGGAGUUGGAACAGAUGUUCUAAUCACAGCUUAUGAGCCUGUCUUGAUAAACCCUUUGAGCGAGAGUGCUGCCACUGUUGGGGCCGGAGUUGCUGUUCCUGCUGCACAGUCGGGACGUUUGCCAAUGGCCGAAGUUUUUAAACUAGCUGUGACAGGUUUCAAGGUGAAUGAUUGGAACCUUUUUGGUGCUGCUCCGUGAGAAGCGAUUAGAAGCUACAUAUAGUGGAACUGGCGAAGGAAAUUGCCAGCUAUAGUAAAGUGUAAAGAGGUCAAGUUUUUCUUUCGGGUAGUAGAGCAGGAGCAGAACAGUAGAUAUUCUUUGUUUUAUGUAAUUCAGUCUUUUUCAGCCAUAGGAUCCCUGCGUGAAUGUUGCUAUCGUUGUGCAUUUCUGCAUUGGCAAGUUGAGCCAGCUAAUCAUGGGUGUAACCUCUAAGGUUCUUAGGUACAUCUCUGAGAUAACGCGUUUUAGUAAAACGUAGUUUCAAUUGAUGCUGAUGUUCAGAAAGAAAUGGUACUAGAAUGAUUUCCUUGGGGUUGAUAGUCUUGUAAUUAGGAUUAGGAAGCUGCAGCGUGUAAAUGUCUACAUUCCACAGGCUCUGGGAGCAGCUGUUUUAGUUGGGCAACACGACUAUACCGAUGUACGUAUCACGUCACAUUCAUAAAAAAAGUCACUUUAAUCCGC